UUACUUUAAAAAUAUAUAAAUUAUUAAAAAUGUCAAUUGUUCCACAUUUUGAUUUCGAUAUAAUAGUCAUUGGUGGUGGCUCAGGAGGAUUAGCUUGUGCCAAGGAAGCAAACGAAUUGGGCGCUAAAGUAUUGUGUAUCGAUUAUGUUAAGUCAACACCUAAAAACACCAGCUGGGGUAUAGGCGGUACAUGUGUGAAUGUAGGUUGUAUACCCAAGAAAUUGAUGCAUGAAGCAGCUUUACUAGGUGAAGCCAUACACGAUGCCACUUCAUAUGGUUGGAAGAUAACCAAUGAAGAAGAUAUCACCCUAAAUUGGAACAACCUUGUAACGGAAGUGCAAAAUCAAAUAAAAUCUACCAACUGGAUUAUUCGAGUAGAAUUGCGUACCAAAAAUAUAAAAUAUCUUAAUGGAACAGCAUCAUUUAUCGAUAAUCAUACCAUUCAAGUGAAAAUGAAAGAUGGCUCACAAGUGAAACACACUGGUCACUAUAUUGUUAUAGCAGUGGGUUUACGGCCAGUGUAUCCAAAUAUACCAGGCGCUCGAGAGUAUGGUAUUACCAGUGAUGAUUUGUUUAGUUGGCCUAAACCACCGGGUAAAACUUUAAUUGUGGGUGCUGGUUAUAUAAGUAUGGAAUGUGCCGGUUUUUUGCGUUUAUUUGGUUUUGAUGUUACCGUUAUGGUAAGGGAUAAAAUUCUUAGAAAUUUUGAUCGGCAAAUGGUGAAUAUUAUAACGGAUUCCUUAAAAGAAAGAGGUAUUAAAUUUUUAAUGCCUUAUAAACCUCUAAAAGUGGAGCAGCUUGAAACUGGUCGUUUAUUGGUAAAAUAUGAAAAUGUUAAAUUACAUAAAAAGGAAACAGAUACUUUUGACACUGUUAUUUGGGCUACUGGUCGUAAAGGAGAGUUAGAAGAUCUUAAUAUUGAGGCUGUUAAUUUGAAAACAGACGAUAAUUUAUUGGUGGUAAAUGAAGAAGAGUGUACCAAUGUGGAAAACAUAUAUGCAGUGGGUGAUAUUACCAAAGGACGUCCUCAACUAACGCCGGUGGCUGUUAUGGCUGGUCGUCUCUUGGCACAAAGACUCUUUUCGCACUCUAGUCAGAAACUAAAUUACGAAAAUGUGGCCUCUACACUUUUUACUCCUCUAGAAUAUGCUUUUGUUGGCAUGUCCGAAGAAACAGCUAUACAAAAGUUUGGAGAGGAAAAUAUUGAAAUAUAUCACAAUCAUUACAAUCCUUUGGAGUUUUCACUACCCGAGAAGGUUGUUGAAUUCUGUUAUAUUAAAAUAAUUGCCCAACGUGAGGGCCAACAAUUGAUUUUGGGUAUACAUUAUGUGGGUCCAAAUGCUGGUAAUGUUAUGCAAGGUUUCUCUGUGGCUUUUAAUUGUGGUUUAAAUACAGAGAUUUUGUUCAAUACUGUGGGAGUAAAUGUUACUAAUGCUCAGGAAAUAACGAGUACAUAUAUAACAAAACGUUCAGGUUUAGAUCCAACUUCUUAA